UGGGCAAUCGGAAUAAAUCGGAUUUCCCUGAAGAUCAUCGGUCUCUGGCCGGACAAUAAGUUAAAUCGUCGGCAAAGAUUUUUUGCGGAUCUACGCGCCACCGUAAUUUUUAUCACGAUGCUUUCCGCAUCGGUCAUACCCGGGAUACUAGCAUUGCUGAGGGUCUGGGGCAACAUGAUGGCGAUGACGGACAACAUGCAAAUCGGUCUGCCCUUCUCAGUGACCGUCAUGAAAUUUAUCAUCAUGUGGUUCCGUAAAAAAGAUCUUGAACCGGUCAUAAACAUGAUCGUGGAGGAUUGGCUCAGGACAAAAACCGUGCAAGAACGAGAUACUAUGAUAAGGCAAGCGAGAAUUGCUCGAAUGAUGGUCAUGUUCGGAUGUAUCAUGAUGACCUUUGCGUCCGUCAUUCUCAUCAUUCCUCCUUGCUUCGGAUAUACGACGAGAUAUCUGACAAACUUGACAGACCCGGGAAGACCGAUGCUGGUGCAGACGUAUUAUUUGCGAGACAUAACGGAGACCCCGUACUACGAAAUCGUGAUCGUCGCCCAAGCUACGUCGAUCUUGAUGGCCGCGAUCUCUUACACGGGCAUCGACACUUUUCUGGGCUUGCUCGUAUUUCACAUAUGUGCCCAAUUGGAAAUCCUCAAGGAGCGAUUGCUCAACUUGAACAGCUUCAAGGACUUCAGCAUCGGAUUAUCCUUCAAUAUCGAGGAUCAUCUGCGUCUCAUUAGGUCUGUUGAUGUAAUCGACAACACGUUCAACUUGAUGCUUCUGACACUAUUGGUGUAUUUCGCUAUGUUAUUUUGCCUACAAGGAUUUCUAAUAGUUACCAUCAUUGACGGAGGCAGCGACGGCGACGCUGUUUCUUUCAUGCGAAUAUGUUGGCUGGUUUCGAUUCUCAUUAAUACAUUUGCUCACAUGUGCCUAUACUGCGUGGUCGGGGAGAUUCUUAUAGCCAAAGCCGAGGGAAUAUUUUAUGCGGUGUAUAACUACACGUGGUAUUUGAAGACGCCGAAUGAAGCCAAAAAUUUGAUGAUGAUAAUGAUUCGCGCCGAAAGACCUCUAUACAUUACCGCGGGCAGGAUAUUUCCCAUGACAUUGUCUAUGUUUUGUAGUUUGAUAAAGACGUCAGCCGGCUAUAUAUCUGUACUGCUCGCUAAUCGAUGAUUUUUUCAAUAAAUCGAUCAGAAAUUCAAUAAGG